AUGAAGUGCCUAAAGUUAGGUGUACCAAUUGUUAAGAGGGAACCACGAAACUAUUAUUGCUAUUUUUGUCUCGUUAAUAUUAAAGACAUGAAUAUGAACAAUAUACAUAAAUGGACAUAUUCUGAUAUAGAUUCUACAAGAAGACAUGUACUGCACUUGAAAGAAAUGCCCAUUCCAUCCUUCAGCAGUCUUCCUGAACUCCUGGAAGAUGAUACAGAAAUAUCAACGUCUGAUGAAGUUCAAAGAAUUCAAUCAGAAAACGACAGUGAAUUUGAAGCAGAUUUAACAACUCCUCAGCGUUUUAAUCAACAAGAACUGAACGAUCUCAUAGAGAUCUAA